AUAUUAAAAAAAACAUCCCUUCAAAUCCUUCAAGGCUUCAACUCCCAACUUUCAACUCUUCACUUCAUCUUCAAUCCAGUUGCCAAUGCAUUCUUUUAUGGAUAGAGCAGAAGCAGUGGCGAAAACGGUGUCGAUAAUAAAAGUUACAGAUGAAGGGAUGAUGAUGGCAAGUUGUCCUUUUUGUGUGGAAGCUUUCCUCUCCCCGCUGGUCCAUGACUUGAGGAUGUUGUUGUCUGCACACUUAGUAAUGCAUCCUCAGGAUGUCGAAUUGGCGUGGGAGAGGAUUCCAAACAGAGAAAGAGACAAACCAGGGGGUUUUGGCGCGACUUCCUUCUUGUUUGGAGUUGCAGCAACUCUUGCACUUGGCGUUCUGACUGGCCGGCUCUUUAGAUAGUAAUUUUUGCCAGGAUUUUUACUGACAAGUGAUUUGAUCUUCUGUGGGUAUUUGGUAUUUUAAAUUUGCUCUGUGUUUUACUGAUCUAUUACUG